CAUCAAGUUUCAAAUGCAGAAGCUGAUACUGAUUACUCUGGGACAGUGGCCCAUUUAGCUGUAGUGAUUGACAAAGAAUUUAGAGGGCUGGAUUAUAAGAACUUGUUGAGGCAGAUGAGACAUUUCUUAAGGAACGCAACGCAUCAACACCUCACACAUGGUGAACUGAUCACCAAAUUCUUCACCAAAACAGACAUUGCUGUUGAAAAAGAUAUCACUGCCUUGUUUAGCAUCUUGUCAUGUGAUGAUACAUGGAAAAUAUACAGACGUUACCAAGACUAUCAUUUAUUGCAUCUUGCAAUAACAGAGGCGGACUGCCCUCGUUUGCCCAGGGACGAUGGCCUUACUGUCCCUCUCGUGGCCGUAAACCGCGUGGCAUCUCAGCUGAUGCUUGAUAUCAAGAUGUCACAACUGGCGUCAUGGACCACCUCCAUCCUCAUAUAUGAUGAAUCUGUCGACACAGAGACGGUGCAGCGCAUCAUAACGAGCUUGUCUCUGCCGACACUUGGAAGGGAACGGAGUGCAGCACCAGUGGCGGUCUUCAAGGUCAAUGACACCCAAAGAGAGUGGGAAAGAAGGGCGUCCAUCAUGAAACUGCUGAAGGACUUCCCUGUGAACCGACUUGGUUCUAAUUUUAUCGUUGCUGUUUCUCAUGAGGUCGUUGGCGUUAUCAUGGAAGUUUGCAAGGCGGUGGGUCUGUCGCAUCCAGAAACGCAGUGGCUGUACGUCAUCGCCGACUCGGACGCGAUAAUUAACAUGUCCGCAUUCACAUCCCUACUGAGCGAAGGCGAAAAUAUUGCCUUUGUUCAUAACAGCAGAUCCAGUGGAGUUGAGUGUGAGGGCGGGUUAUUAUGCCACGUGCACGAAUUGCUGCAGAGCUUCGUGGAAGCACUGGGCGUAGUAAUUGAGGACGAAGAGGAUUUUAUCUCUCAGGUGUCAACGGAAGAGUGGAACGCCAUCCAGCCAUCUAAGCGUAAACGCCGCUCCACCCUUCUCGACCUGAUGAAAGCUCAGCUGAUCGAGACAGGACGUUGCGACAGCUGCUUGACUUGGACGUUAGAAGCUGGAGACACUUGGGGGCUGGAAUAUCAGGAACACGAAGAAGAAGAAACAGGACAGAAGAUUGUCAGGCGACUAAAUCCUGUUGGACGAUGGUCACCACGAGAUGGUCUCAGCAUGUCAAGCCACCUGUUCCCCCAUCUACGAAAAGGAUUCGUUGGCCGAGAUCUUACCAUCAUCUCGUUUCACAACCCGCCCUGGCAGAUCAUCAAACAUAAUGACACUAGUCAAAUCACAGAAUACAAAGGUCUGAUAUUUAAAAUUAUCGACCAACUGGCAGAAAAUUUAAAUUUCAGGUACACUGUAAUAUUUCCAGCGAAUAACAUACCCGGAUGGACUAAUGAUUCCAGUUUAAUGAAGGAUAGCGAAGACAAUAGAACUAGAGCUUUUCUUGUAACUGACAGGAUUAUUGAAAUACUUCGCAGAAAGAAGGUUUUCCUUGCAGCGGGCGCUUUUGUAGUGACUCCUAACAGAAAGACUUUGGUCAACUUCACAAUGCCGGUCUCCAUUCAGACGGCAACACUUCUUACAGCGCGCCCUCGCGAAGUCAGCCGAGCACUCAUCUUUAUGCACCCCUUCACAUACGGUACGUGGGCCUGCAUCGCGACGCUGAUCGUUAUGGUGACGCCUGUUCUCAACUAUUUCCACCGCCACAGUCCCUACUAUGAGUACUACUCCAAGGACAAUGUCAAGGGCGGUCUCAGCUCCCAUUAUAACUGUCUGUGGUACCUGUACGGAGCUCUGAUGCAGCAAGGUGGCAUGCAUCUUCCGGAGGCCGACAGCGGACGCAUAAUUGUGGGGGCGUGGUGGCUCGUUGUCUUGGUUAUCGUCACGUCGUACGGAGGCAACCUGGUUGCUUUCCUGACGUUCCCGAAGUAUGAGGUCGCCGUCACGAACUUGGAGGAACUCUUGACGCGACGAGGAACGGUUUCGUGGGGGAUCCUCAAAGACACGGCCACAGAACAGCAUCUUAAGGAGAUGGAUUACCCCAAAUACAAGUCACUGUUCGAGGGUGCCACAAUACACGAAGAACAAGAUGACGACCUAGUGUCCCGAGUUCGAAGCGGUUCGCAUGUUUUUAUCGAGUGGAAGCUGAACCUUCUGAAAAUUAUGAAGAAGGAAUUUCUUAGUAAGAACAGCUGUGACUUUGCCCUCGGAGAUGAAGAGUUUCUGGAAGAACAGGUGGCAAUGAUGAUGCAAUUCGGGAGUCCAUACCUCGGUUUGGUGAACAGAGAGCUUCGUCGUAUGCAUCAGGCAGGUCUCAUCUACAAAUGGUACCUGGAAUAUUUGCCCAGAAAAGAUCGCUGCUGGACCACCAACCGACUUUUGCAAGCUACUACCCACACUGUGAACCUGGACGAUAUGCAAGGUUCAUUCUUCGUGCUUGGGCUAGGAUGCGCCUUCGCAAUGGUUCUCAUCUGUAUGGAGCAGUGCUACCACACGUACAAGAUAUCUAAAGAGAAACGAGUGAUAAAACCAUUUGCAUCUUAGCUUUUUGUCCAAAACGUUUUACUGAAUUGCUGUCUUGAAGAAUUUUAUUAUCAAUCUUUCAACGUGAAGUUACUGACGGAAGUUUUGAUGGAAAAUAUACAUAUAUUAAUGUAAACUGCAUGCUUUAUUUUAAAUAAUAUGGCUGAUGAGUGGCGAAGGACGUGGAAGUAAGAAUUUGUGACAUUAUUCAAGGUAAUAUCCCGGCAUUUUCCUGGAGGUGCUGAGUAAAACAACAAAAAACUUCAGUCAGAAUACAUAAUUUUCGGACCCUGGGAC